AUGGGACAGCUUACUGAUUCAGGAUGGAAUAAUGUGCAACAAAUCGGAAAAUGGUCGGGAGACAGUUGUCAUUUGCAAAUGAUUGUCCCUAAGGCUAAAGUACCGGAUGUUCUACAGCUGUACCAUAAUGGUUGUUCAGGGAGCCACCUGGGAGUUAAACGAACUCUACUGAAGAUCCGAGAACGGUUUUACUGGGUCAACUGCUGUAACGAUUUAAAGGAUUGGUGCCGCCAAUGUACAAGUUGUGCGGCUGUAAAGGGACCUCAAACUCGUAGUAGAGGCGCAUUGAAAUUGUACAAUGUUGGUGCACCAUGGGAGAGGAUAGCCAUUGACGUUGCGGGGCCAUUACCGGAAAGUGAAAAUUGUAACAAGUAUUUCAUGGUUGUGAUGGAUUACUUCACUAAGUGGCCAGGAGUCUUAGCCAUUCCAAAUCAAGAAGCUUCAACAGUUGCAGAUAAACUAUUUCAUGAAGUCUUCUGUCGUUUUGGAGUAUCUUUUGAGAUUCACAGCGAUAAGGAAAGGAAUUUUGAGUCUCAAAUAUUCCAGAAAACUUGCCGAGUUAUGGGUACUCAUAAAACAAGAACAACUUCUUUCCACCCACAAUCUGAUGGAAUGGUAGAACGAAUUAAUCAGACAUUGGAGAGGUACCUAGCAAAAGUUGUGUAA